AUGAGUCUUCCUAGAGUGCUUGAGACACAAAUCGACGAUUUUAUCCAGAGAUUGAAAAGACGCCAAAUAGUGGGCUCCUUUUUUGUUGCAAAGGAGACAGCCAUCAUUCUUCGACAAGUAGUGUCUAUUUCUCGCUGGCGUGAUGCACAUGUCCUUAUCGAUAUUGUCACUCAAGUUGGGAUUCGUUUGACUUCUGCUCAACCCAAUGAAUUGGCCAUUGGUAACAUUGUGAAGCGUGUAUUAAAAGUCAUUCGAGAAGUAUCAAGAGGCGAUUUAGAAACAAGUGAUGAUAGACCUUCAGCAACACCCGAUUAUUCCAGCUUUGGUGAGGAAGACGAGCAGGAUGAUUCAGACGAUGACAUGGAAAACAACCAUGAAGCAGACGCAUCCGACAAUGAGCAAACAUUCAAGUCAUCUACCAACAGUAGUUUGGCUGGAUCUACUUCUGGAGGACGCCCUGAACUGACUACACAGACAUCCAUGUUUAGGUUAUUGGCUGACAUGUCCACCUUGACAGCUAGAGAACAAAAGAGAGAGGAAAACGAAAAGAGAAUCAGAGAUACCUACCACUUGAAGCCAUUGAUCAUCCAGGAAAUCACAGAAGAAAUCAUUGCUGAUUUGGAUACCAAGGACACUGCUGCGAUUUAUAAGGGCAUUGCGGAUCAAGCGUUGGAUUUCAUUCAUGCAAAUGAGGUGAUUAUGACAAUUGGCAUCUCCAGAACUGUGCAAGAAUUCUUGAUGAGAGCUGCUCAAAAGCGCAAGUUCCAAGUGAUUGUUGCAGAAACAGCACCUACAUAUCAAGGCCACAAAACGGCACUCUCCUUGUCAAAAGCAGGCAUUGAUACUACUGUCAUUGCUGAUUCAGCCAUCUUUGCAGCCAUGCCUCGUGUAAACAAGGUCGUUAUUGGUGCUCAUGCAGUGCUUGCAAACGGUGCUCUUGUGUCUGUCUCUGGGUCACACUUGUUAGCAGCAGCAGCCAAGCAUCAUUCCACACCUGUUUUAGUCUGUACCGCCUUAUACAAGUUAUCGCCUCUGUUUGCCUAUGUUGCUGAUGCCUUUAAUGUCACUGUAUCUCCACAAAAUGUGUUAAAUUUCCAAGAAGGAUCCAUUAUAGAUGAUGUUACUACCACAAACCCUUAUUAUGACUAUGUUGGCCCUGAUUAUGUCAGUCUAUUCAUCCACAACCUUGGAUCUGCACCUCCUACCUAUGUAUACAGACUCAUUAAUGAUAACUAUGAUGCUGAAGAUUCCACCCUGUUAUAA